CCCGUCAAGUAUGCAAAGCAACCUAGCAACGUUAGACGCUAUAGCUGUCGUGUAUGUAUGGAUAUACAGUGUGAGUAAAAAAGGGUCGCAAAAAUGACGUCCCUUCAGCUGUUCCCUAAAAGUGACCAUGUGCCCAAGUUACCGAAGGAAUGGGGAACUGGAAAAUACAAAGAAGAAGAGGAUGUGUUCGUCCCAAAGGCCCCGACGUGGCAAUAUAGUGGAACCCCGACUGAUCAGUUCUACAGGCUGACCCAACUUCGUCUAAGCAAUGUUCGCAGUAACGACGAACUGGUACCUGAACCACACGAAGCGGCAAUUGGCCCAAUCAUGAUCAACAAGUCGUUUCCUGCUGAGCACCCCUACUCCUCCCACAUGCCUCGCACGGCCCUUUUCCCGCGCUUCGACAGUGAGAUGGAUCCUAAAAGGGGCGUGGCCGCACGUGGCGAAAAACCAAUCAGCCACGAAAUGCCUGCGAAAGCUUAUGACGUCCAGAUUGUUCAUAAAACCAAAGGGUUCGGUGACAGAAGGGAAAUACAGUCACUUCCGAAAAACUCCGAAAAGGAUGCUUUAGAAUGGAAUGGGGAAUUCGGAUUUAAUCAGCUUGUAAAGGCGCACAAUGGCAGACAAGACUUUUACCCGAUCCCGCCAAAAGUCGUUGCACCAAACCUUCAAUCACGUGGACCGGAAAUGAAAGUGGGCAUGCGCACUGCCACGGCAAUGCGCAAUGUCGAGCGGGACCAAUGGCAGACGACCUAUGACCGACAGCACACGGGCCUUGGCCCAGCAAAUCCGAACAAACUCGAUAAUUUUGAUGACAAGACAAACUUUUAUCAUACCACUGGUAUCACGGAUGACAAUAUUUACCCUCGUUCCGUGAACACUCUGGACCCACCCCGACCCUUGGAGGGGCGGAUAGCGCGGACCCUGGUUCCUAGGCCUCCACAAAUGAGGACUGCAGCAGCAGCAAACGCGCCUCAGAAUCCCAACUACAUCAGGAAAAUGACGUUAAGUGAACGCGAAGAGAAUCGUCUUCUUCAUGGCAAACAAUACGCGAGCCUGCCAGACGACAUUUCAGAGAAAGACAAAGUAAGAUGGCGGGAACUAGAAAAAACUGCGCAUGCGCAGUCCAACCUUGAAAUACUCGAACGACACAAAGGACAACCGGAUACGGUACCCUAUCAACCAGCAGGUCCCCCAGGAGGGCCAGAAGCGAUGUAUUUGCAGUCCACGAAGAGCGACCAGGACAAAAACUUCCAAGAAAUGGAGGCCCAGAACCGUUGGAAGGUCCUGAACGCGCACGGUCCGGGACAUGACAUCACGGCCCUCAAUAACAAAAUGGCACUCGCGACUAAGACUGAGCGGCCGCCGACGUUCUACGGGCACGAGGGGAAGUACAACGAAGAGCGCUCGGGCCUGUACAAGACCAGCUACUCGCCCGAACGACUAGCGUACAGUAUGAACGCGCUGAACGUAAGCGGCCCGGAAAUAAUGAAUUCCAUGCAUUCUCAUAUAGAUGCGCUAAAUCUGCCGACUCCGUUGAACCACGAUAUGCGGGACGCGUUCAAGUACAGUAGAACUUUUAAUUACUCGUCGCCCAAUCUGGCGGGUGACCGAAGGGAAACACAUGAGUUGAUGAAACAGCACCUAGGACUCAAGGAGUUUCAGAAGUCCAUCCUUCAGCCCAGCGUUAAGACUGCACGUGUAAAGGUUCAAGAAGGCGGAACCGUCUUGAAGGAAAGCAUGACUGGAGACAGUUAUAACACGCGAAAGUUCUUGCAAGAGUACGAAAUCGGGAAGUUUAGUAGAUACGAACCAACAACGGUUAUGUCGUCAGAUAAUCAAAACCUGCAUAAAGUCCGUACUGCGAGCUCGACGAAAUCGAAAAAUGUCAAAUUCUCCGAGAAUGUACAAGUGGCGCAAAGCCUAGAUAGCGGUCUAUUGCGGCUCAGCAGCGCUCCGACCCGUGGUUCCCCGCGCAUGACGCCGGAUGCGACGCCGUUGAUUUCCUCCGACCCCGGACCUAAGCCCGAAACCCAGGCUGUGAACACCUCACAAUACACGAGCGUACAUGCGCAGUACCAACCGGAAAACGAUAAGAACGCCAAGGAAGAGGAACGCAAAGAAGAUGAUGACGAAUUUCAACCGUAUAUCGCCUAUUCCGACACGCUCCGGAAACGGCCGGUGACGACCGAUCCCAGUUCGGAAUAUCGGAAUGAGUUCAGUAGCAAAGGCACCAACUUUAUACCGUCCAAUCUUCAACACUCAAUGUCCUUCGAUUCCGCCUACAAGGCCCAGUUUCCGGCUUAUCAUAUAGGAUACAAGCACGACGCGCGCUUCCAGUGGGAACCAGGCUACGGAACGCCUAGGCCGCAGACGAGUUUGUUGAAAUUGCAGAACAAGUUCGAGAAAACUGAGGUUCGGAAGAAAUUCCUGUCGCAGUUUAGUGAAUCCAAUCCGGACUUGCGAGAAAACAUCACACGUGGUAAGAAACACAGUUUCUGGGGAAUUAAUGGACAACUUAUUCACGGUUGAUUUGUAUGGGGGUUAACUAGAAUGGACUGUACAAGAAGGAAACUGUUUGAGAUUCGUUUCGGGUUUGCUUUACCUUCAAACAGAAGAGUGUGACUUGCAAAGUGAGUAUUGAAGUACAGUCAAGCUGAGUGUGUUAUCUUUUAUAAAUUUCACGCACGAUGUCGAAAACAUUUGUUAAGGCUACACAAUUUAUAAAUCGUUAAUUUGUUUGUGGAAUAAAUAUAAAUUAAUUUCCUUUAAAAAAGUGAUUGUUGAGACUGGACUAGUAUUAAACCAUUUAAAAUGCAUCACUUAUUGUUUUCAACAAAUUAUAUCGUUAAGGUCUGAUCUAAUUGUAACAAGCUUUUUAUGUCCGAAUACUGUUAUUCAUUUUUUGUUAAGUUUUAAAUUCAGUAAAUGUAUGCACCCACUAUCUUAAUUAUGCACACAAAAAUGUUUCCUUUUUUACGAGAAUUAUUAUUGCCUGCCAAUUCAUCAGUAUUAUGUACAUUAUUUGAGUCUUAUGUCGAGGAUGAUUUCUAUUUGUGUGCUAUUGUGUAAUCGUAUUUAAAUGAUGUUGCAAAAAUGUUUGUUUUCUUGAUGCCUUGUAUAUUCAUAGAGCCUUUUAAAAAUUUAGCUGUGAUAUAUUGCUUAUGGUAAACUCCCAGUUAUUGUUUUGAUAAAAAUAAUUUGUAAUCAAACGUGUGUUGUCAUUUAUCAAAUAUGUAAAUUUCGAUUUCGUACAAUUCUAUUCAAUAUAUGUAACAUGCAUCUGAACACUUAGAAAUCCUCAUAAAGAUUUGCUAUACAUUUUAAAUCCGAUGUUAAAUAAAGAAUGUUUGAAUGUUUGUCUGCCAGAACCUUUACGAAUGUGUUUUGCUGCUAUGGACUUCAUUUGAAAGAAUAUGUUUAUUUACAAACCCAAAAAGAAAGACAAAUAUGAUAAAACUGUUUGUUUCAAGAAUAACAGUUACCUCCCUUUAAUUAUUCCGCGUAUCUGUUGAAUGCUUGUGUUAUUGUUUUAUGCGUUUCUCUGUACAGUAUUUCACGAACCUUUCAUCUAGUCUUCUCUUUCAAUGUGUGUCCACGUUUCCGCUGCUUGACCGAGUAUAUCAGGCAUGUAAGUAGUUCGUGUUGCAAAUGUUUUGUUGAAAUGUUUUUACAUAAAUUUCGCUUUAAAUUGUACCGUUAUCAACUGCUUCGGAUAAAUGGUUUCCGACUGGACGAGCGCAAUACAAAUACGUAAGUCAUUUCAUAUUAACCCCAUUUAUGCCGAGUGGACUCUCCCAUCCUUCUAAAUUUGAUCAAUUUAUUUCCAAAAUUAGCGAUGUCUGGUAUAUUUAUUUCUAUAUUUAGAAUAUUUCUUAUAUGCGGAGUCUCAUCUGGGUCUACGCUGUUUGCCAAGGCCUUUUUUCUAGACGCUAGGCAUAAAUGGGUUAACAGCAGCCAUUCACUAGUGAAAUUCGAUUAAUAUUAAUUCAAUAUUUCAUCAAUUACUAAAAAAGAACGUUAUAUAAAGUAUUAUGCACAAAGAUUGCCUAUUACAUACAUGUCGUGCUUUGUAACAAACUGAUAACUGUUUAAUUUGAGUUGUUCUUCUUAAAAUUUAUAUUUGUGUGCUACUUGUGUUUGUUUGUUUGUACUUUAUCUACAUUUGCGUUAUGGUUUUUGCUCAAUAAAUUGUUAAAAAUAA